AUGAAAGAUGUGGAUAUGCUCGUGCGGAGAGUGGAAUUUCCUGCGCACGCAAACGGCCCGCUCCAUCGCUUGAUGUUCCCUCACGAAACGGAGCAUCAGUUGGAUUACACAGAAGACGAGAUAAAGUGGACAAUCAAUGGAAUUUAUGAGGCAAUCGGUUUAGAAGACGAAUGUGUGGGCCAGAUGGGUUACCCAUCGGACUCAUAG